AUGAGGACCCUGAAAUAUGAGCAACUUCUCCACAUUGAGGACCAUGAUUUUGCAAUGAGACCUGGAUUUGAAGGCGACCCCUUGCCAGGGGGAAUAGAUGUCCAGCUUGAAAGCACUGCCAGCAUUUCAGAGGUUAACAUGCUAAGUUUCUCCAGGAGGUAUUACUGGAAAGAUGAAAAGCUCUCCUUCCCUAGCAUGACAAACAAAAGCAUGACUUUUGAUCAUAGACUGAUCAAAAAGAUUUGGGUGCCUGAUACCUUUUGUGUCCAUUCUAAAAGAUCCUUCAUCCACGACAUGACUGUGGAGAACAGCAUGCUGUGCAUACACCCUGAUGGCAAUGCCCUCUUCAGUCUCAGGAGAGGAGGGCUGAUGACUGUUUCAGCCAUGUGCUUUAUGGAUUCCAGCAGGGUUCCUCUGGACAGGCAGAAUUGUUCCCUUGAAUUGGAAAGCUAUGCCUACAAUGAAGAGGAUCUCAUGCUUUACCGGAGACGUGGAAACAGGUGCUUAAAUACCGAUAAGCAUAUUUCCCUUUCUCGUUCUUCACUGGAGUUCAUUGCAUCCAGUGGAUUGGCCUUCUACAGCAGCACAGGAAUCACCACGGAGCUGACCGUGUCCACCAGCGUCCCUGGAGUGAGCGCCUCCAGGCCCAGGUGUCCUACAUCAGGGCCCUGCACGCACCCCGGAGUCAGCUCCCUCUUUGUGUCCCGGUCAGUCAUUGAGUUUGCAGUCCGGAGCUACCUCACCGCAGGGGAAGGGCGGGAACAGCUCAGCAAGGCCGGGAAGGUACUGCCUGGAUGA